AUGGGAAAAAAAACUGUGUUAAUUCUAACUUUUGUUAGUUAUGCUUAAAUGCAUGCAGCCAGAACUCUGUGGUCAUAUAUGCAAAAAUAUUUAACUAUUGAAAAUUACGACAAAAAUAAAAUGGGUUAAGCAUAUUUGACAUUCUUAUUAACCUAUGGUAUUGGUAUGAAUACUGUUGGCCCAAUGUGUUGUAAACGUAGUUUAAAACAUUCAAUUGGAAUUAGCUGUAUGGCAGUAGGUAUGUUAUUUGCAAUUCUUGGAAUAUUGUAGGAGUUUUAACUCUUAACAUUGUAAGAUAAAUUUUUUAAUAUUUAGUCCAUUAGUCAUAGUAUUGAUGGCUAUUAAUGGUUUAAUUUAAUCUGCUUGUUAUCCUGCUUGUGUAAAUGUAUUAGGAAAUUGGUUUAAAAAUCAUAAGGUAGGUUUAAUGAUGGGAUUAUGGUCAGGUUGUGUAAAUGCUGGCGAUAUUUAUGGAUUAAUAAUUGGUGAUGUUGUCAUUUAAAGAUUUGAAAAGCCUGUUUAUUGGGGUUUUUACUUUAUGUCAGGUUGUUUAAUUCUAGCAAGCAUCACUACCUUAUCUUACUUAUAGAGUGAACCUAGAAAUCAAAUUUAAGGAAUUAAUGAAUCAGAAUCUGCUCCAUUAAUAUUAAAACAGAAGAAUAAAAAUUUAAAUAUUUUAUCUGCUUGGUUAGUUCCAGGAGUUGCUAUUUAUGCAGUUGGUUAUGCUUGUCUAAAAGGAACUUUCUAUGGAUUUUUAGAUUGGCUUCCAUUUUAUUUUUAGUAAAAGGGAGAGAAACUUGAAAAUCAUUCUUCUUACAUUUCUUAAAUGUUUGAUGUUGGUUGUUAUGUUGGAGGCAUCUUUUUAGGUUAUUUAGGAGAUAAAUACAAAAGACGUGCUUGUUAUUUUGUACCAAGUUUAUUAUUGGCUAUGAGUUCUAUGUUAGUAAUAAGAUUUUGUUUGGAUUUAAUUGUCUGGCCUUAUUAUCUUUGUAUUUUGGCUAUAGGUAUCUUUUAAGGAGGUCCAUAUAAUAAUAUUUCAGGAGUCAUCUCUAUUGAAUUAACUAAAUAGUUUGAAAAUGAUAAGGCAGCUAUAUCAACAGUAUCAUCUUUAAUUGAAAGUACAGGAACUCUUACAGCUGCUAUGUUUUAGGUGAUUAUUCCAAGAAUUGGAGAUGAACAUUUAUUUAUAUUCUUAUGUCUCAUUACACUAUUAGCAGAAUUAGUUUGUUGUGUUCUCUUAUUUAGAGAACUUAAAACUAAGAAAAGAUCUAAAUGAUAUGAUG